AUGUUCCAGCAUCCUCCGCCCCAUCUCCACCCCCUACACCGCCCCCCGACCGCCCCCUCCACCCCCGACACGGAGCACUCCGCCCACAACUGGCCCAACAACCCCAACUUCCCACACCUCGCCCAGGGGCUCCAGCCCACCAACCUUCCCCCCUACAUUCUCGAUCGCCGUCAGCCCUUUGGCGGCUACUCGACCAACGGCGCCGACGGGUUCAGACCAAGUGCGAGCCACACCCCGCAGAUAGCCAGCGCGCAGUCGACCACCCCGGGCCCUGGUGCUUCCGGCCCCUUACUGCCCCAGAACCUCGCCCAGCACCUCAACAACCCCCCGCCUCCUACGACAUCGCAGCACAUCAAUGCUGCUGUUGCGGCCCAAGCGGCGUCGGCGCCCCAUGUGCCAACGCCAGGCGGCAAAGUGUUGCUGAUGCCGAAUGGGGCGCUUCCCCCGGCGGGGAGCGAAGAGGAGAAGAUCUACGUGCUUAUCACCGAGCUGCUGGACCCAGACACUCGGGAAGGAGCACUGCUCGAACUGAGUAAGAAGAGAGAGUUGUAUGAGGAUUUGGCAUUGGUACUGUGGGGUGGUUUUGGGAUCAUGAGCUCGCUUCUGCUCGAGAUUGUCGCCGUCUACCCUGCCCUUUCGCCCCCCUCAUUAACGGCCCACGCCUCCAACCGAGUCUGUAACGCCCUCGCGCUCCUCCAAUGCGUCGCCAGUCACCCCGACACCCGCGCUCUCUUCUUGAAUGCCCACAUCCCCUUGUUCCUUUAUCCUUUCCUCAACACGACAAGUAAAACCAGACCCUUUGAAUAUCUCAGAUUGACGUCUUUGGGUGUUAUCGGUGCGCUGGUCAAGCAAAAUGACAACUCUGAUGUCAUCAACUUUCUCCUCUCCACCGAAAUCAUUCCUCUCUGUCUUCGGAUCAUGGAGACCGGCUCCGAGCUCUCCAAAACGGUCGCCAUCUUUAUCGUGCAAAAGAUCCUUGCCGAUGAUCUCGGCCUGCAGUACAUCUGCCAGACCUAUGAGAGAUUCUACGCUGUGGGAACAGUGUUGGCGAACAUGGUGGAUGCCCUUGUGGAAAGUCAGGCGGUCAGGCUGCUAAAGCAUGUUGUGAGAUGUUACUUGAGGAUGAGCGACAACCCUAGAGCACGAGAGGCUCUCCGCGCGUGUCUUCCCAAGGCGUUGCAGGAUAACACAUUCAACCCUCUGCUCAAGGGCGACCUCGUCACCAAGCGAUGCCUGUCGACGCUCCUCAUGAACCUCAACAGCCCUGGCCCCACUCCCGACCACCAAUAGUAUCAUACCCAUCAUACCCCAUGUCGACCGUCAUCAUUUCCUGUCAGGCAAUCAGCCUUACAACAUAAAAAUCAUGCGUAGAUCGCAUGCCAAAUAGCAUCGGUUAUUGGAAUCGUUCCAUCUCCACGUAUUUUCCUUGGGAGUUAGCACACAUCAUUAUACCCUCGGCUUUCACAUCAUUUUCUCCCAUGUUUGUCAUGACCAUUUUAUCUCUCAUUCUUCUGUCAUAUUUGUAUUUGAACGCCCAGGACCUACAUUCGACCAUAUCUUUUCGUACAAUAUAUAUACGCUUAUAGGGGCAAACGAACUUUUAUCACCGGUAUCGUACUAUUUUUCUCCACUAUGUUUUCAUGCCCCGGUUCUCGAUAGAGAAGUCAAUAAUUGAAUAGUUGAAGUACAGUAUAUGCAAAUCUAUGGCCAAG